AUGGGGAUAUUUGCCCUCGGACUCCUUAUAAUCCUUGGAUUCCACGUCACCUACAGUACUCAAUGUGAUUGUAACUCAUCAUGUUCGAUAUACACGUCACCAGUUCAAUGUGUCAGAUGUUGUACCCAUUAUGUCAAAAGAUCCCUUCCCCUUCAUCCAGCUCAUCGAAAAAGGCAAUUCCUGUUGGAAAACUCAUUGGAUCAACAUCGAAAAAUCAAACAACCGAUUUGGAGACAAAAAGAGCCAGUGGAAUCGACGUUGCCCCGUUUCAUCCGCCUUCUGUUGAAAAAUCCUAUUUGA